ACUUGAUACUGAAACAAAUCGUAGAUCGGAUGGCACAUUUCUGGAGCAAAAGUUCAAUUUUACUUUGCGUACUGUUCUGUGGAUUAUCCGAAUGAUAAAAAAAAAGAAGUAAACACGUGCGUGCAGACUGCGAAUAUUGUUUAUAUACAAUGUCAAAAUUGACCAUGCUGUUUUAAGUAGCUAAUCUAGUGUCAUUGUGCUUGUUUGGCAUAUUUAUUGAAUUGUGACGUACCGUUUAUGAAUAUAUGACCUGCUAAACAAACAUGAAGUUUACCGUUCAGUAUAUUAGUGGGAAAUGCUUGGCACGUUUAGGGUGCAUUACGGAAAUUGAAAGAUUACCGGGAGAGAUAUUCGAAACACCUUUAUUAUUUCUUCAUUCGAAGGGUGGCAGUUUACCGCACCUGACCUACGAGGUGGUGAAACUGCUGACUAAGGAGACGCUGUGUUUGCAAGUGCCUCUCUCGAGCACAUUGCAUUUCCAACGAGCUGUCAAGGAGUUCAGCAAGGGAAUAGCCGAGUUCGCAGGCUUGAAGGAAUUCCUGAUGUACUGCACAGUGCAGGACUCUGCAGUUGCCACGCCUGCAGGGUACAACGAGAAGGACUUUGUGUCAGUUUGGGCGCGGAGUGGCAAGACGCAGAUCAGCGCUGAAAGAUACAUGGACGUGAUGGAGGCUUUCAAACCGGACAUGUACCAGGCCCUGUGUGACGGGGACACCAACGAAAACAGCAGUAAGAAAAGAGUGACUAAAGCACUCAGUAGAUCGUCACUGUUGUUCGAUGAAUGCUUCAGGCGACACUGUAACUCUGAGGUGCUGAAAGGGCGAGCCCUGCUGGGCGUGGUCCAGGGAGGCUACAACCUGCACCUGAGGGAAGGCUCCGCCCGGGAGCUGGCCCAGCGCGACGUGGCGGGCUUCGUCAUCGACGGCCUCCACAACAACGGGCCCGACGCGGAGGCGCUCCCGUACGACAAGGUCCGGCCGGUCGUCCGGGAGACCAUCAAGCACUUGCCGGGGAGCAAGUUCCGCAUCGUUCACGGCUGCUGGAGCCCGGGGGUGGUGCUGGGCCUGGUGCAAGAAGGCGUCGAUGCGUUCGACGGCUCCUACCCCUUCCUGGUCACGGAGAGAGGCUCCGCGCUGACGUUCAAGCACAGAGCCCGCCCGAGCAGUCCGGUGUGCCCGGCAGAGACAGGAGGAAGGGAAAGAGUAGAGAAGGAAGAAAAUACCAACAGCUCGCCCACCCAGUUAAAGUCCCCGCAGAGAAAAGGAGCUGUUGACACCAAGUAUGAGAUACCAUUAAAAGAAGAAAGGUUCGCAGACGACUUCAGGCCGAUCUGCAGCGACUGCAGCUGCCUGACGUGCAGGAAGCACACCCGUGCCUACAUCUGCCACUUGCUGAACGUCAACGAGCUGCUGGGACCCGUCCUGCUGAUGAUUCACAACACACAUCACUACCUAGAGUUCUUCAAGAGUAUUCGUACUGCAAUACGCAGUGACUCGCUCCAAGAGCUUCAGGUAAUGGUACAGCAACACUCAAGAUGAAACCAUCUUCCCAUGUGAAUAAAACUUCACAUAUU